AUGCUCGCUUUUGAGGAACAGACACCUGUGAAGAAACGACGAACCAAGAAAAUACCCUCCCAAGCAAAGGAGGAUGGUAAUGAUCAUCAUGACAACUCCGACGGUAUGGAUUACACCCAUACCAAUAACUCAUUCGUGUUGGCGAACGGCGAUGAAAACGCUCUCAUGACCCAAGACGAUGAUGACGAGGACAAUGAUGAUCAUGAGGAUAUCAAUGAUGAAGACUAUAGCGAUUCAUCAAACGAAGAAGAAGAAGACGAAAUAUACAAAGAAAUUCAUCACAUGUUGGAGGAGGAAGAACUUGUUCUCAAGAAAUCCCAAGAACAAGAUGUUUUAAAUAAUUCUCAAAUAGAUGACACGUCCAAACUUCGUCUUUCCUUGACACAAGAAAAUUUUGAAAUUAGUCUAUUAUUCGACGAUUCUAAACCAACUCUCUUGCCCUAUAUUCAUGAAAAUUAUAACAGCUUUUUUAAAUUAUGGAAACAUGGUUUUGUUCAUAUAGAUUUGAAUAGUACAAUAGUUGAUUACCAUGUUCAACAUUUAAUUCAUUAUACAUCUCGUAAUAAUUCUGAAAUAUUUUCCGAUAAAACUCUCAAGAUAAUUCUCAUUGACAUCAAUGAUUAUCCUACCAUCACCAAGUUAUUAUAUUCCAUUCUUAUGAAAAUGGAAACGUUUGAAAAGGUCAAAAAGGCUCCAUCUAAAUCAUAUUUUCUCAACAUGCUUUCCGAUGAUGAUUGUGUGUUUUAUGAUUACAGAUUUUGUCUGAUUGUGAGAGGAGUCAAUGAAGAGGUGUUACCAGUGUUGAAUGAUAUUUUCAAUGCCUCAAAUCAAAACAUGUGUGUAUUUAACGUGGAUAACAAACCUAUUUCUUUCAAUAACGUGACGUUUAAGAGCAAUGGAUUUAAUUGCAUUCUACCAAAUAUUCUCUAUCGAACAAUUAAUACGACCAACGUAGAUCACGACAUUGCGAUCAUUACGAACUUUUUAAUGAAAAAUAUUUCACUAGAGGGCAAGCACAGACACGAAUAUGAGGAUUUUAUUGAGCUCGUUUUAAGGACUCACAUUCAUAUGGAGAAGAAUGUCCUGGUCUAUGUAAAACUCAUUCCAAGUUUAUUCAACUAUUGCCACAACGAAUGGAGCAAGGAAGGCAGUGGUACCACUGCAGAGAGAAACGCUUUAAACUUGUUCAAGAAAAUCAGUAAUUUUUCAUUUCAUCAAUUAGUGAUCAUGUUUGAUAUUUACAAUGUGAAGGCAUUGGAUAUGAAUCAUACUUUGACGGCAACAACUACCCAUCGUUCAACGGUGAUGGAUGGAAAUUUAUCUACAACUAAAUCCACAGGUACGGCCAUGAACAUCUCUCAACUCGUCUCAGAGCUAGAUCUUGCCAAUAACACCGAAAUUGUUGAUUGUGAAAUUCUGGAGAAAUUCAUAAUUGUAGCUUCUUACAUUGCUUCUCGAAAUGCCAAGCAAUGGGAUGCUUUAUUAGACAACAAAUCCAAACCAAAGCAACAACGAAAGAAACGUAAAAAGGAGAGUGAGAGCAGUACUAGUACUACAAAAAUCGACUCCAAGAAGGUGAAUAAGAAUCAACUUUUUGACAUCCCUCGCUUACUAUUCAUUCUUAGAAAUUUAAUCAGCAACUCUCCUUAUGCUGAGAGGUUUAGUGGAGGACCUGAUUUCAUUCCUCAUAUUUCCAAUUUGAUCAGCAAGAGUAUUCUGGAGUGGAAAAAGGAAGUUGAGAGUAAUAUGGAUCAUUCGCUUCAGCAACUCACUCUCUCAAGCAAGUACAACUAUUCUGUGGUGAGAGAUUGUGCAGCAGAAAUCAACAUUGCCACUCUUUUUGAACGUUAUGUGAAUGAGUAA